GCUACUAAAAAUUGUCUGUAGUGGACUUCUCUAUAAAUGUGUAAUACUUAGAGACAAGGUCUCUACACACGAUACACUUUAGUUCUGUUGCAUUACCUCCCUUGUCCAAGGGGGCGGUAGCGCACAGCAGAGCCCUAUAGAUACUAUUUAGUGGUUCAGCAAGUGAAACCAGGGGCUAGUCCUUUCCUCCCUUCAGACCAGGGAACUCAACGUCAAAGGUUCCACACUGCUGCUGUUGACGGAGCCAAACCUGUUUCAAGGUGUGUUGUUUUUUGUAUGAACGAACCCCCCGUUAGUGUAAGCUAGUGUACUUGGCACUUUUCUGAGUUCUGGGUCUGACGUAACGUAAGACAGAGACGAUGGUGAAAGUGUUUGUGGGCAACCUGAACACCUCCACCAAGGAGGAGGAGCUGCGCGAGGUCUUCGAGAAGUACGGCACGGUGGUGGACUGUGACAUCAUCUCCAACUAUGGCUUCGUGCACAUGAGCGAGGAGGAGGAGGCCAAGAAGGCCGUGGCGGAGCUCAACAAGCACCGCCUCAACGGCUUCAACAUGACGGUGCAGUUCGCCACCACCAGGGUGCGCAACGCCACCAAGAUCCACGUGGGCAACAUCCCUGAGGGCGUGACGGCGCUGCGCGUGCGCGAGCUCUUCCAGGAGUACGGCAAGGUGCUGGAAUGCGACGUGCUGAAGAAGUACGCCUUUGUGCACAUGCAGCGGCACAAGGACGCCAUGGAGGCCAUCCACAAGCUCAACCACAGCAAGCUGGAGGGCCAGACGCUCUUUGUCUCGCUCUCGCACACCAACCCAGGCAAGCAGGCGCCUCCCCCCCAUGAGCCGUACCCACCGGGUCCCCCUCACCACCACCACCACUACCCACCCCACCCUUACCCGCCCGCCGCCUACCCGCCCCUGAGGAGCCGGCCCCUCGGUCGCCUACCGCCCCCUCCUCCCCCGCCCUCUCGCCUGCGUCCCCUGCCCCCGCCCCCGCCGCCCCCCAUGCGCCUGAGGCCGCCCCGCUACGACUACGAUCAUGACCCGUACGACAUCCCGCCACCUCCGCCCCCUUCUCUCCACGACCGCAACGGUCUGGACAGGCCCCUUCGCCGUCCGCCCCUCUGCGCCUACGAGGCGCCCCUAGAGCGCCGGGCCCUGCCCCCCCCUCCCGCGCACCUGUAUCGAGAGCGCAGCCCGCUACGUUCCCUGCCCGGCCCGCCCACACGCCGACCUGUGCCACCGCCUCUGGCCCCCCUCGCCCGCUCGGGCCCGCCAUACCAGCGCUACGCCACCACCGCUCGCUUCGAUCAGGACGAGUACUAUUACUGACCGCAUGGCAGCCAGCCCAGAUAGCCACGGGCUGCUAGUGCUCUGUCUGCUAGCAGCAGGAGCUACUAUAAUUACUAUUUUAAAUUAUUAUUCAUGAAUGGAUGUUUGUCUGCUUGUGACUAUGACGAAAUAACAAUACCGUGCUAUAUAGUCAUGCUUCAGUCAGCUAUUUAAUGCAGUGAAAGUAAAGUACUGUUCCUUGUGAAUUUGUAAGUAAUAUUACAAAAAACCUAAGUGGACACGGGAAGAGUAGUGAAUAUUAAAUAUUUUCGCUUUCCAUUUGCGAUUUUUUACGGGUAAGAGAACUGUUCAUUUCAGUCAUGUAAAGAUGCAAAGCCUCUGCUGCCUGUGGGCUUCCUGAUACCUACACCUUAUUAUUCUCUCUAUGUCCAUUUUCGGGGCUAAUAUCCGUCAAGCUAUUUAAUUAACACCUUGUUUACGUCUGUUAACUUUAUUUUUCUGGAAAGAAAAAAACAAAGAAAGAAAAACAAAUGACGUUUUACUUAUUUUACUUAACUUAUUUUUUGGAGUUUUCCGCCAUUGUCUCUCUGAGUGCCCCGAAUAAACCUACUGUUCUCUCCGCCAA